AUGCAAUUCGCCACACGACGAGAAGAAGCGGGAUCUUUGAUCCUUCCAGCUCCACCCAAGACUCGGUUGUCCGCCACGGAAAAUGCGCGGAAAGAAGUCUUGGAAUGUGGGGGCAACGCUCAGUUGUUGGAAGCUCGUCUGUGUCAAGUCACAUCGUCCAUGAGAGCACUACUCCGAUCCAAUAGUGAGCUCGAAGAAGCCUUGCAGACAGACCCAAAUGAUCCCGAUUUUCUAGAGGCCGUAGCGGAAAACAGAUUGACCUUACGACGACAAGGACACCUUGCCGCCUCAUUGGUGAGAGAGCUACAAGCGCGUGGUAGCAAUGUGGAUUUGGAAGAUGACAUUGAAAAAAUCAUUAUUGAGUUGAAUGAAGAAGCCUUGGCAUCAGCGGCAGCACCAUCAUCACAAACGACAACUGAAGAGGGGAACAGCCACAGUGUUGGCAAUGGUCAAGGAGAAACUGCAGAUUCUGGUGGUCUUUACUUGUAG